UUCCCCAUUUUCCUGCUGAGGAAGAGUUGAGGCAAAAGUGGCUCGUGAAUGUGACGUCAGUCAGGCAAUGCGUCGCGGGUGUUAAGACGUGGAAGCCUGGUGGAGGCGGACCGCUUGGUGGUUUUGUUUUGAUUGCGCGGCGUGAUGAACGAUACAACGGUGUCGGUGUGUUGCGUUAAAAAAUGCCGCAGUCGGUCUCACGACCAGAGCGGAAACCGGAUCGGAGACGGGGUCCGUUUUUUCCGCUUCCCGGUGUGGAAGCAAUAUUAUGGAGCACAUGUGGCGGAGCUAACAAAGAGGCGUCGGAUGGCAUGGGUGGAGGCCGUAGGACGUGCAAGCAUCACUUUCAACAAAAUUUCCCGGAAAAAGUUUGUGUGUUCACGGCAUUUCCACUCGGGGAUGCCAGGCAAUGAGUUCCUGGAGGACCACCCUGACUGGGCACCUUCUUUAAAUCUCGGCCGCGGCCACCCAGCGGUGAGAGAGAGACCCGCUCAGCGAGCUGGAGGCUGGGGAUGUAGACAAGGAGAUGCAACGCCAGCCUCACAGGACGUGACUGGUAACAUGAAGAAAGUGACCAUAAAAGCUCACACCGGCGUAUAUAGCCGCUAUUUGAAACCUGAAGACAUUCAGCAGCCAGCAUCUGAGGCAGAGAGACAGGAGCUGAGAAGCGAAGCUGCACCGUUGCUGUUGGCGUGGGACAUUUACCCCCUCCCACAUCUGGCACCGGUGGUGGAGGAGAGAAGGCAAGGACCGGCGCCGGAGGAGGAGAGUGGGGGUGAAGCCCAGGCACCAGACGGCGUAGACGCCCUUAAAGAACACGACUACGCCACUGAUCCGGAUGGGGCGCUCGUCGACCAGGUGUUGGAGGAAAACCACACUAACCGGGAGAAAAUUCGCCAGCAGCGGCGAAUGGUCGAGGGCCUUUCGCUGUGGCAGCGGUUCGGCAUUUACCGCUUUGCUGCCUCGGACGAGGACAUUAGAUUCUUUACAAGGUUUGCAUCAUAUGACCUCCUGAUGGGUUUCUGGGCCUUGAUUGAGCCCUUUCUACCCUCGACGGUGGGUGUUCACAGAAGGAUAGGACCGCUCAUCGACUCCACUCCCUCAACCCGUUCCCUGCAGCCUAUCGAUGAGUUAUUCCUGUUCUUAAAUUUCCUCGCCCUCGGGUCCAAGCCAAUGGACCUUGCUGAGCGGUUCCGCGUCCACCAGUCCAAGGUCAGCCGGAUCAUCAAAGCCUGGAGCAACUUUUUAUUUACAGUUCUUGGCUCAAUGAGGAUCUGGGUACAUGGAGACCAGAUACAGCAGAACCUACCUGCAGACUUCCAGCAGUACCCUGACACUACGGUCAUCCUGGGCUGUACCGAGCUCAGCUGUCAGUUCUCGUCUCGUCUCCUCCAGAAGGAGGCGAUUUCCUCCUGUAAAUCCCACUGGACUCUGAAGGGGCUCGUCGGGAUGGCACCACACGGGGCGGUGACGUUCGUCUCGCCUCUCUACGCCGGGGAUAACAGUGACGAACAUAUCGCGCGUGAAUCUGGCCUCAUCGACCUCUUAACGCCUGGGAUGGAAGUCAUGGUUCACAGAGGCGUUCUUAUCGGUGACAUUUUACCCUGCAAGGUCGUCAGGCCAGCUUUCCGCAGGCCUCAGAAAUCUGCAGGCGAAGUUCGGGAGACUCAGGCCUCGGCACGGCUCAGGGUGCACGUAGGGCGUCUCUUUAGUCGGGUCAAGGAACACAAGCUGUUGGACUCUGACAUCCCCCCAGGUGUGUUUGGGAUUAUCAACCAGCUGUACACUGUUGCUUGUCUACUCAUAAAUUAUGAAAAUGGUCCGACGGUGAAGGCUUGAGUAAAGAAGCCUGACAUCUGAGACAUAUUUACUUGUGUUGUAACACUGUUUGUACUUAAAAUAAAGUUUAAACACCUUUUUGUA